AUGCAGGUCCUACAUCGAACAUUCAAUCUGUUCCAUAGUUUUGCUACCACUUUCUCUGCUCUGUACUUUGUCGGAGGCGUCCGCGUGACCUUCUCUACAGGCAUCGCAGCGGGUGGUAAUUUGGCUUAUUGGACAAGCUUUGUCGUCACUUGUGUCUUCACAUUUAUCACUGCUGCUGUAAUAGCAGAGAUAUGCUCCUCGUUGCCACUUGCGGGCAGCAUCUACUUAUGGGCCGCAGAGGCUGGAGGUCCUAGAUAUGGCCGUUUGUUUGGCUUUGUUGUUGCUUGGUGGAGUACCACAGCUUGGACGACUUUCUGUGCCAGCAAUACACAAGGCGCGGUCAACUACAUGCUUUCGGAAACCGUCGUGUUCAAUCUCGAUUUCCCCUCGGAUAGCAGCGAUGUCAAAUUUCGUGCUGUUCAGUGGAUUUGUACCGAGGUCAUGCUAGCUGCUGCUGCACUUUGGAAUUUACUCCCGCCUCGCUACUUCAAGUGGAUGUUCCAUCUGUCUGCCGGGUUCGUCUUAUUGGAUUUUGCCCUCAACUUGAUUUGGUUGCCAGUUGCUACCAGCAAGACAAUCGGCUUCCAGUCAACUCACGAUGCUUUCAUGACCACAUACAAUGGUACUGGUGCACCAGCCGGGUGGAACUGGUGCCUAUCAUACCUUGCGACUGCAGGCAUUUUGAUUGGGUUUGAUGCUUCAGGCCAUGUUGCAGAGGAAACGAAGAAUGCUUCAGUCACUGCGGCAAGAGGCAUCUUUUGGAGUACAGUCGUUAGUGGACUUGGAGGAUUUGUUGUUGUGGUCCUCUUCCUCUUCUGUGUGCCAAAUGCCGACACAUUCUUUUCGUUCGGUGGUGCACAACCGUUCGUACCACUCUACGCUGUAAUUCUCGGUGAAAGAGGUCAUAUCAUUAUGAACAUUGUCUGCGUGGUUGCUCUGUGGUUUAAUACUGCCAUCGCUAUCCUGGCCGCAUCCCGUUUAAUCUUUGCUGUAGCCCGAGAUGGAGUUCUCCCAUACUCGGGCUGGGUCGCGCAAGUUGUCGAUGGUCAACCUCGCAAUGCUAUCAUUGUCGUAUGGGUGGUCUCAUCUAUCAUCACUUGCACCAUUCUGCCCUCUGCGGUCGCAUUCACAUCACUGGUCUCCAUGGCCGGUGUCCCUUCCGCCGCAGCCUACGGCAUUAUAGCCCUAGGACGGCUCUUCUUGACCCCAAAGACUUUUCCCAAGCCUGCAUGGAGCCUUGGUCGGUGGAGCAAGCCAUUCCAGGUCAUCACUGUCCUGUGGAACGGGUGGGUUGUGGCAGUCUUGGUUUCGCCAUACGAAUUCCCUGUAGCUGCUGACACUCUGAAUUAUGCGCCUGUCAUGAUGGUAAUCAUAACGAUAUUUGCUCUGAUCUCGUGGUGGUUUAUACCCAUGGACAAGUGGCUUCCGAGCCAGAGAAUUCAGGCAACGCUGGAGGCAGACACCUUGGUGGACACGAGUAAAGAUGUCAACAUUGACUCAUAA